AUGAGAAUUAGACAAGAGAGCUUGGCGGCUCUCUUUUUCCUCUUAUCCGCUCUCUUUUUCUCAACCACUUCAACGGUUGUCAUCUCCAAUUCCCCAAAUGUUAUUCAUAACAUCUACCCAUCCACAGAUCUGCCUGCCACCUACUUCCAAUCUUCUAAUCCCGACGAUGUUCGUCACCGCAUCUUUGACGUUCGAUUGAACACCAAAAUUCCCUUCCUAAAUCUCGAUAAAACACACGGCGCGAUUUCUUCAAUCGAAUGUGAUUCGUCCAUAGGCUCUAUUACGUUAAAGCUACAUAAAGGAUUGUCUGAAAGUUUUAUUGAUGAUGUCAAACAUCUGCCCUCAAAAGUUAUUCUGAUAGUAAGCCAUCGUUUGAAUUGCUUUGUAAAGUCGACAACUCAAUUCUUUUUAACUGAAUAUAGGACUGUGGAUGUGACAAACAGGAAAGUAAAGAUCAGUGUCGAGCCUUGUGAUAUCUUGGAUUGGACAGACGAAUUUUCAUUUAAAAUGUGGGGAAAAGAAUCCGCCUAUCCUCAAAAAUUGAGCCCUCGCUCAUAUAACAAACGAGGGAGCGCAGAAUUCAGCGCCCCCGUAAGCUUUGAUUUACUAUACGAUCACAAAACUAGGAAUUCCUCCGAGCCAAAUGUUCACUUGGCCUCCGGCUUGACCUGUUCCAACUGUUUUACCAAAGGUUGUGCCUCAAUUUCAUUAGAUGUCAAGGGCCACAAGCGCAAAAUCAAUUCUGCACAUUUAGAAAUCAUUGGAGAUUUUCUUGCGAAUCUUGAUAUAACUGCCGAAGGCCAUCAUGACUCACAGGAUGUGGUAAUAUUUGAGUUACCAUCAAAAAUUCCUAUCAUACCAGGUCAAUUCGAGAUUGAUUCAUCGCUGAAGUUAGUUGCUAACUCCAAAGUCGAUUUGCGAUCUAAAUGCGCGGUUACCUUAGGCAGAAGUUUAUCAAUACAAAAUUUUUCUUUGGUUUUUGAGUUGGUCGACAAUAAAAUUAAUGUGAAUGAAAAUUUGAUCCGAAAUUUUCGUUUCACAAACCGAGAAAAGUGCAAACGAAUUGAUGUUGUUCGGAAGAGGAAAAUUUUCGCAGGGAGAAAAUUAUAUAAUUAUUAG